AGCGAGUUGAGGGACGAGCUAUGGUUCAUCGAAUUUGGCCGCGGGGUGGCCUUGCCCCUGACACCGGAAGAGGCCCCUGCUGAUGGGGAGCCGGUUGUACCCUGCGCUCAAGGUCGCGUCGUUAUUGAAUCAGCAAGACCGGCACAGCCGCACUUUGCCACGUGUUCAACGUACCGCAGACAUUUGACACAUUCGAACGGAACUCAAACAAAUAGAGGAAUAACAGCGUCAGUUGAUCAGGGAAAGGGUGCCAUUUCAAAAAAAUCGGUACCACAAAGUCCAGCAAUGAGACCCGAGGACCUUGGUGUCACGCCUUGGUACUUUGAAGACUAUUCAACGGACUCACUUCCUGGUCCUGGCGAUCAGAGCUCGUACCCCUCACAAUCACAAAACGGGAGAGAUACCAUCAAGCCGGAACUAGCUUCAACUAGAAACAGCAGUAUGGAGAACGAUUCAUCGAGACCAUCAUCUACAAUACCGAGAAAAGCUUGCAUGGACAUUAGGGAUGCAAUUGCUCUUUUAGAUGAGACUUGUCCCAAUCCAGAAGCUAGUCCUUCACUCACACCUCGAACACCACGAACCCCCUUGACACCGUAUCCAAGAAAUAAGCGUGCACGGUCUAAAAGUAGUGAUAAUUCAUCGAACUACAGUAACGAUCGCCUCAGUGAGAGAUCGAUUGAUAACCCCAAAGAAAAAGAGAAGAAAAGGCCUUUUCUCAGAAAAAUUGGCAUUUCGAAAACGGAAGAUCGACCAUUCCUUAGCAUUCUAGCACCGAAGAUUAUUGGCAAGCCAUAUUUGGAGAAAAUCGGACCUAGUAGAGCUGUAGAAAGGCCCUUCUUAGACCAAAUUGGUUCUUCCAAGACUUUGGAUAAAUUUACGUUUGAUACACCAAGAAUAGAGCGCAAGAAGCAAGAAAGUGCUGAACAAUCAUCCAAAAGUUUUGACAAGCAAGAACAUGAGGUGAAAUCAAGGGGAGAUAUAAAAAGUUUUCCUGAGAGAAGACGUUCUGGCAAGGCCUAUUUAUCUAAAAUGUAUUCCUUCGAAACGGAAGAUCUUGGCGAAGCAGCUCCUCUCAAAAGUCAUCGUGAUCCUCUUCGAGGAGCGUCUUUGAACGACGUUCUCGACGCUGGCGUCGGACCCAGUAGUAUGCCCCAUAUAGAAACAGGUAAUUCGAAGUUAAAACUGCUAUCAACCAGCGCAGUUGAACUUGUCAAAUGUCGAGUGACCACUAGUGAGGAAAUUGUUUCAUCCACUACGUGCCUCAGUUCUCCGGCUGAAGCUACAUCUUGGGAGUACUCACCCAGACGAAAACAUUGGGCUAAGAGAAUCACAUCCACACCCAAAAUGCUAGCUCGCCGUCGACUGGAGAAUCCCGACUCGAAGGAACGCAUUCCAAGUGACGUGAGCACUCCAAAUUCACCUACGAAAAGAGCCAUUUCCUCAGUUUCUCCCGAACGACGCACCUUCAAACAAACUGAUAUAGGUUUUAUCAAAAAUCUCGAGUUUUCACCCUCAAAAACAAGGCGACAAAUCUCGGAAGACAUUCUUGACAAGAAAAGUAACACCCAUUCUCAAAUCGAAAGAUGGGGCAUUUCUUCUGAUAAUCUUAAGAUGUCUCGGGAAACUGUCGUAAUAACACCUACAUCAUCUCUCAGACUUCAAAGUCAAGAUUACAAAUCUUCUUUCGAACUUCAAACCGAAGAUAGUAGAGCAUCUCCUAGACUUCAGGAUUCAAUGCAAUCAGAAUUUUUAGGUAAGGAAAAUUUCAAACAAUUACAUGAUAAAUUCGAAUCACAAGAGAUUCCUGUCGAAACAUACGCUGAAUUUAAGCAGCGCACCAAAGGACACUUUCCUACUUCGGCGAUGCUUAGGAAAGUUAUUGCCCAAGAGAAGACUAUAUCACCAACGUAUGAUGUUAGCGAUUUUCUAAAAAGCGACAAGAGCCUCUUUGAAUUAUGCGACAGAAAAAAAAUUGAAAGAAACAGAACCAAAUCAUCUGAAAGAAAUAAACUCGAAACUUCUGAUAAAAUAUCGGAGAAAUCGAAGAGUUCAGAUGACAAGGAAAGAGAAAGAGCAUCAAUCGAAGAAAAAACAAAACUCCCGGUUCGAAGAGGAACAGUGAGAUCCGUAUUAAGAAAGCAGGACGGUGUGGAUCAUCAAAGUGAUCAUGAAUCUGAAACUAAUACUUCUUUCAAACGAUCCAAACCGAGAAUUCCACAUGAACCAUCCCAAGAGACUAUAGAUCUUUUAACCGAAUUGAAAAAAGUUAAAAGUCUCCUAAAAUCUCCCUCGAUGGAAAAGGAUUAUGAUCUUGAGAAACUGAAGGAUGUGACAAAAAUGCCAAAGAAGAUUCUCCUAACAGAUAAGGAAUUCUGUUUGUCAAUCGAACGAGAAAAUAGUAUUCGAAGACCGUCGCGAGUCAAUUCUGAAUUUUCGGAUCAAUCACAUGAGAAGAAGAAAAUUUCCGAUAAGGAAAAUUCAAUAGACGAAAGACAUAAACAGGGUCCUGCUCUCUUUGAGAAAAGAUGUCUAUCUCUUGAUUUUGCUGAUGAUGAAAGGUCUCAUAAAACCGGGACCAGAGCAAUUUCUCUGGUAUCAGCUAAAAGUCCUCUUUCCGAUACUGAAGAAGUUGAUUCCACUUUGAAUCUUGAUUCAAAAAGUAGUUGCUCCAAGACUUUCAACACUCCCGAUGAGCUCGAUAUUAAGACUAAUAAUGUCAUCGAAUUAAAGACAAAAGUAAAACCAAAUCAUUGUUUGGAAGUGGGUGCUGGUAAUUCUUUGGAACAAACUAAAACAAGUCCAAAGAAGAAAUUACCACCUCAGGGUCAACGUACAAGCGAUGCCUAUGAAAUUAUAUCACCAAGGACAACGCCAUUCCGAAUGAAAAAGCGUUUAGGCAGAAUUUCCGUAGAAGAUACAUUGAAACAGGAGAGUUUUACGUUAGAUAAAACGGAUUGCAAAUCGGUUAUCGUACAGAAAAAAACCAAGUGCUUCCCCUUAUAACGUUAACGCACAAGGCGAAGGCUAAGUUUUACUGCAGCUUUCAAAAAACCGUUUGUUCCGACAUUUAUUUACUCGAUCAAUCGACUGAUCAGCAUAACGAACUCUGAAAAGACCAACUGAUCUGGUUAUCUUUACGGAACAAGCUUUUGGACCACUUUUCUAUUUAUGUAGAGUUAAAGAAAGUCACGAAAUUUUGGCACAAGAUUCUAAAAUCAAAUUCCAGAGUCGAGUUUCGUCUCUUAAAACUAUUAUUUGAGAAAAAUUUCUUUUGAAUUCUUUUUAGAAAUAUAUUAUACGAAUCUCAAUUAAAAAAGAUCGUUCACUAUUAAUUGAUCAAUUUACUCUUUAGAGAUUUUUUUUCUUAUAUAGUUGUCUUUAAAUUAAAAUAUUAAAAAAAGGCAAAAGUAUAAUGAACUUUUUAAAAAAAUAAUGAAAAUGCCGAAACUACAUUAAAAAAACAAUGAUCUUCUAUUAAUUUAACCUUUACGAUUUCGAAAGCUUAAAAAAAUUAAAAAUUAAAAGCUGAGUUUAGAUUAGGUAUUAGAUUUAAAAAAUUCAAUACGUAGACACAAACAAAUUUUUAAAUUGGACAUAAUCAUUUAAAAUUUAUUACUCGGGAGAUUCAGCGCAAAACUGUAAAGGUGUUAAUAGAACAUGUUUUCUCUAAAUAUUCGAAUUUCUUUUUGUCACUCUAAAGAAAUUGAUCAAUUUUUAUUUUAAAACAAGAUUUGAUUAAACGCUACAUUAUGGCUGUUAAAAGAAAUCUAAUCCUUUGCCAAGUGCAAACGACACCUGUCCAUCUAGAAAUUAAAUCGUCUUUCCUGGUUUUUGUUGCUGAAUCUUUAAUCACUCGAAUUAAUUUAUAUAGUAAAAAUAAUUUACUAUUUAACAUCAACCAUUUUUUAAUAUAAUAAAAUACAUUUAAUUUACUUUUAGUUAAUUUAUAACAAAGUUAAAAAACAGUAUUUCCAAAAAAAAGAUAUAA